AUGACUGGGGUGAUGCAAGACGCUUCAAGCGUAGUGCUGUAUGAAUCGGACCCACGAAAGAACACCGCAAGAGAGAAAUCGAAAGUGUACGUCAAUUCACAUAAGACCGACGAGACAGCCACUACAACGACAACCCAGCUUAAGACCAGUAGGUAUUUACAUUGCGAGAAAGAAGGUCACAAGCUUCGCGAGUACCAAGCGUUUAGAGCGCUCUCAAUCGAUGAUCGAUGGCGACGGGUUAGGGCACUAACAUUGUGUCAAAUUUGUCUGUAUGGACACGGCGGAAGAGCAUGCCGUAUUAGCAGCAAAUGCAACGUAAACGGUUGUCAGUUCAAACACCAUCCAUUGCUGCACGGGAAAGCAACGACACCAGUAACGCAAUUAGGGAAUAUCAAUACCCAUCGGCCCCAGGAUUCCGGUGUUUUGUUCCGGAUCUUACCCGCGACGUUGUACGGGAAUUCGGGCCAGGUUAACACCUUCGCUUUUUUGGACGAGGGGUCAUCAUUAACCCUGGUCGAGGGCGGUCUGGUAGCGCAGCUUGGCAUAGCAGGAGACUCGCAACCACUUUGUCUGAGGUGGACCGGGAAUACGUCAAGAGUAGAGAAGAAUUCAAAGACGGUGACGAUUACUGUUUCGGGAUUGGAACCACAGCGUCGUUACCAAUUAGUGAAUGCCCGCACGGUACAGAAUUUAGACUUACCGAUGCAAUCCUUCGAUGUAGUGAGGGCAACAAAGAGGUUUGCUCACCUGAGGCAGUUGCCGAUUCAAAGCUACCAUAACGACGAGCUACACGAAGCUGUUAAACAGUUCUUUGCUGUGGAGGAGAGUGGAGUAAGGCAGCUUGGGGACUGUCUCAGCGCGGAAGAACAGCGAGCUCAAGAAAUGCUGGAAAAAACGACAAAGCGUAUCGGCCGACACUACGAAACAGGUUUACAGUGGAUGGAAGAAGAAAUAGAGUUACCUGACAGCUACGGUAUGGCAUUGCAAAGGCAUCAGUGUCUACAACGAAGGAUGGACCGCAACCCAGCUCUACGUGAGAAUAUCAGUCGUCAAAUAAAAGAGUACGUAGAAAAGGGUUAUGCACAUAGAGCGACGCCGGCCGAAUUGGAGAGUGCGAACCCCAGGAAAGCUUGGUUUUUACCAUUGGGAGCAGUUACGAACCCAAACAAACCAGGAAAGGUGCGACUCAUCUGGGAUGCAGCGGCGAAGGCCUCCGGUGUAUCACUGAACAGUGUACUGCUGAAAGGACCGGACCAGCUUACCCUCUUACCCGCUAUACUUUUCCGCUUUCGUCUGUACUAUAUUGCUGUUAGUGCAGACAUAGAACAAAUGUUCCACCAAUUGGGUAUAAUACAGGAUGACAAAAACUCAUUACGCUUUCUGUGGAGCGAUACUGCGGAUGGGCCGGUCAAAAUCUACCUGAUGGACGUUGCGACGUUCGGUGCUACGAGCUCACCUGCUUCGGCGCAGUACGUCAAAAACGUGAAUGCCCAGGAACACAUCAAGCAAUACCCAAGAGCUGUCGAAGGAAUUUUAAAGAGCCACUAUGUCGACGAUUACCUCGACAGUUUUGGCACCGAAACGCAAGCGGUGAAGGUUUCGGCAGAAGUACGGCUGAUUCAUCACAACGGAGGAUUCCAUCUACGAAACUGGAGAUCAAACAGUGAAAGGGUCCUAACGGAACUCGGAGAACCAGCGGUAAUAGACAGCAAGAACCUUAACCUAGAUUGCGGCGAACAGGUGGAUCGCGUGCUUGGAAUGCUGUGGACCUCAAGCUCUGACGAAUUGAGCUUCUCCACCCGUAUGAGCGAUGAAGUUACGAACCUUCUGCACAAUGACACCCGGCCGACAAAACGUCAGGUACUGCGGUGCGUAAUGUCGUUGUUCGAUCCCCUGGGAUUACUUGCGCCGUUUAUAAUCCAUGGAAAGGUGCUUAUCCAAGAAUUGUGGCGAGCUGGAACGCAGUGGGAUGAAACAGUAAGCGAUGAAGUGUUCGAAAACUGGAACCGCUGGACAAGGAUGAUAGAGUUCAUUUCAACAUUGAGAAUACCCAGAUGUUAUUUUCCCCGAGCCACAGAAGACACGUAUAAGGAUGUUCAGCUUCACGUAUUUGUCGAUGCAAGUGAGAUUGCUUAUUCGUGUGCAGCUUAUGUCCGAACGACCGUAGGCGACUGUGUGUUAGUUUCCGGAAAAUCGAAGGUAGCUCCGCUAAAACCGAUAUCCAUCCCGAGGCUCGAGCUACAAGCAUGCGUUCUUGGAGCGCGUCUUCUUAAAUUCGUGCAAGACAAUCAUCCGGUCGUGUUCUCCAAGAGAUUCCUUUGGACAGACUCUUCGACAGCAAGAUCUUGGAUACGGUCGGACCCGCGACGCUACAAACCCUUCGUAGCUCAUCGGGUGGGCGAGAUAUUGGAGAUCACGGAUGUCAGCGAAUGGCGGUGGGUACCGUCCAAACUUAACCCUGCAGAUGAAGCUACCAAGUGGGGCCGAGGACCUUAUUUCCACCCAGAUAGCCAAUGGUUCAACCGGCCGGAUCUCCUGCGACUUCCCGAGGAGAAAUGGCCGCAAAUGACUGGAACAGUGGAGGUGACAACCGAAGAUGCUAGACCUUCGGUGUUGUUUCAUUUCGCGAUGGAACCAGUGCUGGAUUUCGAACGAUUUACGACCUGGAAGAGGAUGUUACGCACUACGGCUUACGUUCUACGUUUCUUCUUCAACAUCUCUAAACCGGAACAGAAGCGGUGCGGAUCCCUUACACAAGCUGAACUGCUCGACGCUGAACGGACGAUAAUGAAGCUGGUCCAACGAGAAAGCUAUCCAGACGAAACGGCGGUUCUUGAACAGAGAGAUUCUCAACAAAACGGACAUGAUCGAAACAGCAAGCUGUACCAAUUAAUGCCCGCAGUAGAUGAAAAUGGUUUGCUGAGGCAACAAAGUCGUGUAGCUGUUGCAAAGAACAUGGAGUACGAUGCCCGGUUUCCUAUCAUUCUGCCACCAAAGCACAGAGCAGUCAGACUUCUGGUGGAAGAUUAUCAUCGCCGCUAUCGUCAUGCGAACAACGAAACCAUCGUCAAUGAACUGCGUCAGAGGUUUACUAUCUCGAGUCUACGUCAGCUCAUAAGAUCAGUGGCCUAUGAGUGUCAGUUAUGCAAGAUCCGCAAGGCGCUUCCCAGCAAUCCCCCAAUGGCUGCACUUCCUCCAGCUCGUCUAGCGAUGCAUUGUCGUCCUUUCACUUACGUAGGCUUGGAUUAUUUUGGUCCGUUCUUGACUAAAGUGGGGAGAUCGAACGUGAAGAGAUGA